GCAGAGACAGACAACGACUUCCGGGUACGUCAUUAAUCUUCACCUGCAAGGAGGGGCGGGAUCUCUACGAAUCGAGCUCAGUUCUCGUUCUCACAAGCAACCUUCCGCCACUUCUCACGAGAACUCCGACGGGAGUGCCACAAAUUCCCAAAUCAAGAGCUAUGAUCACGGCGGCCGAGUAUGGCGAGACAUCAUGGGAGCUGCGGGUGCACGUGGACCAAAAAGAAGGCGACGAGUCCAUGCGCUUCAAACUGCGUGUGAAAGGCGAUCUGCACAUCGGAGGCCUUAUGCUGAUGCUGGUGGAGAAGAUCAAGGCUCCCCAAGACUGGUCGGAUCACGCCCUGUGGUGGGAGCAGAGAAAAUGCUGGCUGCUCAGGACCCACUGGACCUUGGACAAGUACGGGAUUCAGGCUGAUGCAGACCUGCGCUACACCCCGCAACACAAAAGUAUGCUAUUGCAGCUCCCUAACAUGAAAACCAUUCAAAUGACCGUUGGCUUCUCCUGCGUGGUCUUCAAGGCGGUGGCAGAGAUCUGUCAAAUCCUCAACAUCAGGCGGCCUGAAGAACUGUCCCUGCUCCAGCCUCACGAUGAGCCGUCCAAGAAAAAGAAGAAAAGAGGCAAAAACUCCCCGUUAGAGGACAUCUGGGACAUUGAUUUAGUCAGCGGCGGGCCGGGAGGCUCAGGUCCCAUGUACAGCAAGACCAUGACGGCCACCUACGACCCGGAGAACGGGAUGCCAGUGUCGGCCACCAGCCUAUGGUUCGGAGAGAACCCCCUCGCCGACUCCCAGCCCAACCUGCCGCCUGCCGAGCUGGCCAAGCUCUACCAGCCGCUAUCCCUGGAGGACAAAGCAAUCAGAAAUGCCGGAUGGUUGGACUCUUCCCGCUCCCUCAUGGAGCAGGACGUUCAAGAAAACGACAAGCUGCUGCUCCGCUUUAAGUACAACGUUUUCUUUGACCUCAAUCCCAAAUAUGACGCCGUGCGGAUAACGCAGCUGUACGAGCAGGCUCGCUGGUCCAUCCUGCUGGAGGAGAUUGACUGUACCGAGGAGGAGAUGCUCAUGUUUGCGUCGCUGCAGUAUCACAUCUGUAAGCUGACCAUGUCCACUGAGCCAAUCGACCACUCCAAUGAGCAGGAAAUUGAUGAAGUGGAAGCCGCCCUCUCCAACCUGGAGGUGACGCUGGAAUGUGGCGUCUCAGACAGAAUUCUGGAAGACAUUACAGACAUUCCAGAACUGGCUGAUCACCUCCGCCUUUUCAGACCAAAAAGGCUGACACUGCGGCCUUACAAAGAGUACUGGUUUGUAUUCAAGGACACCACCAUCUCCUACUACAAGAACAAGGAGGCCGCCAUGGGGGAACCCAUAGAGCAGUUUCACUUACGAGGCUGUGAGAUCGUCCCCGACGUCAACGUCACGGAAAAGAAGUUUGGCAUCAAGCUCCUUUUACCAGUGGCGGAUGGGAUGAACGAGGUGUACAUCCGAUGUGACAACGAGACGCAAUACGCAAAGUGGAAGGCGGCGUGCAUCCUGGCCUCCAAGGGCAAGACCAUGGCGUACAGCUCGUAUAAAUCGGAGGUGCGCAGCAUUCAGUCCUUCCUGCAGAUGAAGAGCUUAGCGCCCCCUUCUGGCCAGACAGCCCCCGAUCUAGAUGCCAUGGAAAUGAACGCAGAGUGUUUUGUGUCGCCACGCUACGCCAAGAAGCACAAGACGAAGCAGCUCACAGCACGUAUCCUGGAGGCCCAUCAGAACAUAGCGCGCCUGUCCCUCAUGGAUGCCAAGAUGCGGUUCAUCCAAGCCUGGCAGUCUCUCCCGGAGUUUGGGAUCAACUACUACAUCGUCAGGUUCAGGGGCAGCAAGAAGGAUGAGAUCCUCGGCAUCUCGUACAAUCGCCUGAUCCGUUUCGACAUGUCCACCUGCCUGCCCGUCACCACCUGGAGGUUUGCCAACAUGAAGCAGUGGAACGUCAACUGGGAGAUAAGACAAGUGACCAUCGAGUUCGACCAGAACGUGACCAUAGCGUUCUGCUGCCUUAGCUGCGACUGCAAGGUGGUGCACGAGUUCAUCGGUGGCUACAUUUUCCUCUCGACGCGAUCCAAGGACCAGAAUGAGACCCUAGAUGAAGAAUUGUUCCACAAACUGACCGGAGGACAAGAAUGAGAAGACAACACUGUCAUUUAGUGGUGGGGCAUGGAACAACACAUAGGGCACAGUGCUACUUUUUAUUGAUAAAAUAAAAUACAGUAAAUCCCCGCUAGGGAUAAAGUCCUAUUGUUUUACAAUCAAAGAACUCGACAAAGCAACAACGUUAUGAUUUGUCCGGGCAUUAUUUAUCUUUUUGUAAACAUUUUCAGCUUUUUAAUUUGCAGUCAAGCCAAGACCUAGUGUAUGUGUAAAUAAUUGUGUUCUGAAAUUGUUGUGUGACUUGACCUUUGUAAGAAUAAAUUCCUUUUUUAUGUCAUUAUUA